GGAAGAAUCAGCGGAGUGAACGGCAUGCCCUUCUAAAAUCUUCCUCAAAACAAAUAAAUAUUAACAGCUAACAUUAUGUCGGCAGACGAACUCAUCUACCUUCUCAUGCUGCUUAUAUCUAUAGCUCUUGGACAUCUCGUUAAACACACAAAUGGGGUAAAAAACAAGCAAAAUAUUUGCACUGCAGUGGGCACCUGUCUCGUCUUGAUUCUGUGCAGAGGGCAGAGUUACCAUUCCAUUUUUGCUACAGUCGUGAAUGCACUGAUUAUCAAAGCAGUAGGUCCAAGGAAAUGUCACAAAUGGAGUUUCAUCUUUUCCUUCACCUAUCUGGCUUUCUUCCGGGCAGCAGGAUAUUUUGGACUGGAAAAACCAACAUCAUUCUCUAAUGUUGUACAGCUUCUCCUAACUCUAAAGUUGAUUGGUGUAGCCUUUGAGAUCCAAGACUCCUUCAUGAUCAAGCAAGCUGCUUCAUCCAAGGAACAAGAGGAGGGAAAGGCAGGGAAGACCAAACGAUUUGUGCCAGUCAUUGAAGAACCAUCUGUCGAGGAACUCUUCCACUAUUGCUUCUGUUUUGUUGGACUCCUGACAGGUCCAUACUACAAGUACAAGACCUACUAUGACAUGCUCCACCAUCCCAACUCUGCAUCUCUGCCGAGCAUUGGACCCAUUCUGGAUCGCAUCAAGGUACUUCUACCGGUCGGAUUGAUCUUCCUCGUCUCCUCACACUUCUACACCGUGGAGUACAUGAAAGAAGAUGCAUUCUAUGAGAACAGCUACUGGUACAGGACAUUCUACAUGGUGCCCAUCUUCGUGGUCUUCCGUACUCGCAUGUACUCUGCCUGGCUUCUCUCUGAGUGUGUUUGUAUGAGUGCUACUCUGGGAGCCUACCCUAAGAUACUCAAGACCAGAUGUGGGCAGGGUCCUACCAUUGAUCCCAAAGAAGUGAGUGAACAGGACCUAGCGCGCUCUGAUUAUGACUACGAGACGAUCCAUAACAUCAGUGCUUACAUGUGCGACUCAACGACAACAUUCCGAGAUGGCAUGAGAUGGUGGAACAUGUCUGUCCAAUGGUGGCUCAAGAACUUCAUCUAUGUCCGAUGUCCCCUCAGAGCAUGGAGCACCUCUGCUACCAUGCUGGUGAGUGCAUUCUGGCACGGCAUCCACCCAGGUUACUACCUGAGCUUCCUCACCGUCCCCCUGGUCCUAUGGGCCGAAGACCUCCUCAUCAAGGCCUUCCGCAGCGAGCAGAACAAGAUCACCUUCGACUGGAUCAACUGGUUCCUGCGGAUGAGGGCGUUUGAUUACCUAGCCUGCGGUUUUCUUCUCCUCAGCUGGGAGGCUGUGACUGGGUACUGGGCGUCGACUUACUUCAUCGUACACGUGGUGACGUUUAUAGGCAUCGCGAUAGGGCUGCAGAAUCUACCAAAGUCGAGGAGGAAAGCGGAAGAUUCGGGUAGGGCUGGUGUUGAGGGUUCUUCCUCAACAAAUUCUGAAAGGAAUUGACCAGGUAUAUUUUUCUAUCAAAGAUUUAGCUUCAUAUGUAUUUAUAAUAUUGUUUAUCAGUGCAGUAUUAGUUAACAUUGAUAACAAACUAAGGGCAGUGUCAUUUCCAUUUAAUGGACGCUUUCUAUUGAUGCCAACCUGAGUAUAUCGUGUCCUAAUCAUCAUUAUUUUAGGGUCUGUAAGACCAAGAGAUAUUCGUUAUCUCACAACUCCUCACAAAUUCAAUUUAUGUUAAGAUUCAAUGUAGUCAUCAUUCAAAUAUUACAAUUCUGUGACCAACCUUUGCACUUUCGAUUCCAGUGGACUAUGAAUCAGGAAUUAUAUUUUUGUAUAUAGGGAUUGAAAUAUUUCUCUUUGUCAAUACCAAUGUGUAAUAUUAUUCAGGCUUGUAUGUACUGUGGCUGACUUCCUGCAAGCCUAAGAUAAGAUCAUUUUCAUCAUUGAGUAAUAAUGAUAAUCAUGAUAAUCAAAGUGUUAAUUAGCCUUGCAUAACACACAUAUUUAUCUGCUAUAAUGCCUUUGUAGAUCUAUUCCUUGCCUUAUGUGCAUAUGCAUACCCAUUCCUGCUCUUGACAACUUGUACUCGCUCGAGGUAUUACUUCAUUCAGUAGCGAUUAGGUUUUUUGGUGUUCAAUACUGACUAACAUUGUUUUGAUUACCAAAUCCUUGAUUAUUUUUUACCAGGGGAAGGGGGGUAUAAAGUGGCUCAUUCUUUUAAAGGCAAUUUUUUAGAUGUGUGUAGAGAAAACUUUGAACCCAAAGGAACAUGCACCAUCCUCUAUUGCUCAAUAGAAGAUUUGCUAAUGGACUUUUAAACAAACUUUACUUCCUGUACUUAUUGCCCUUUUUCCUAGAAUUCCGCAUAGUUCUACUUUUAGGUCAGUGUUUGAGAAUAUUGUGCAUUUGAAUGUUUGCCACAUAGCCACAGCUGCUGCUUUGGGCACAGCCGAUGUAGCGACUUACCGUGGCAACCUCUACACGUUGUGUGGUCCCUAUCGUGAAAUAUUGAUCGCUUGGCGAAGAAGUUUAAAGCUAUACACACUCCCAAUGCCUUGCUCAGGGCUUUUCUCCUUGAAGUUUUUCUCUCCAGAUCUUCACCAUUUAACAUUGCACACAUUCUCCUCUCGUCAUCUUGAUCAAUCUGUACUUUUUUUUUCUCUGAAAGAUGAAGAGAUGGAUCUAUUUUGUCUGGGUCAUUCCUCCCACCAUCUUCAUUGGCAGCUGCCAUUUUGAAGACUUUUGAAGAAAUUUUGCGCAUACCCCAAAUUUAUUGCAAAUUUGCAAUUGAUUGCAAGACUUGAGCUAGAUUGUUGCACUUAAUAACAGCUUGAUAUCGAGCGCAACUCUCUCUUGCAACCGGAUUGAUCAUAAUUUGCUAUCAAUUGCAAAUGUAAAAACUUAUCGCAAGACUUACGCUUGAUUUUGGAGAUUUGCAAUUAAUGGCAAUUUUCUUGCAACACCCCAUAAGACUUGUGUUACACAGACCUUCUAUGCCUGCGCCGGUUCAAUUAAUUAAAGAUUAGUAAAUACGGAGAUGCAUUAAAAUACAUAAGUCUGAGACAUAUAUUUUGUGCCAAUGAUUCCAAAGAGGUAUUUAUUAGUAUUCAGUGUCAAAGGUACACCGAUAAUAAAUUUCCAGUGUGACAAUUGGCAUUUUCGAUUUCAAACAAAAAAUUCUUACAAAAUAGCUUACAUGCAAAGCUUUACAAUGUGUUGUACAGGUAUACAAUAAAUGAUAGAGAAGAAGCAAAGUAAACUACACUGUACGGUAGAAAAAUAUCAAGGAAUAGAAGAAAAGAAUACCGGUAGAUGUUCAUAUAAAGUACAAAUGAUAAAACAUGAGCCGUCCUUCAAUAAGUACUAAAUACAUUUGACCAGGCAGAGGGCGUUGCCUGAACAACUGACAGCAGUCCCAACUCUUGUCCCGAGGGAAAUUGAAGUGGAACCAUGGUGGAACUCUGUUAAGAUACAAAAUCAAGGCAGGUCUUAGAAAGCUGCAACAUAGUUAACUUCUGGGGGAAGUUACAUUACAUGUCUAUCUGCCUUGAAGUCGAAACUUGCUCUCAAAGGGAGAACCAAUCUUCUUCCCAAACCAGGUAAACAAACCCACCAUUCCCUUCCCCAUGACAAAGGAGUACCAGUAAAUGUACCCACUGGUCAUUCAUGAUCUAUGUAUUCUCCAAAUUAAGGAGGGGUCUGGGUUUAAGACAUAAGCAAGUUCUAUAGAACAGGGGUCUCUUUGUUCCUGUCUUUGUUUCACCAGUGGCAUAUACCAGAGAGGUGGGCUAAACAUACGCAUGAUUUAAAGUGACAAUUCAAAGAGGGGUUCAACAAUUUAAAGUAAUAUAGGCUUACUCAAAAA